CUGUCAAUACGGUGAAGAAAUGCAGUGUUUGGUGCAGCGGGCGCAGUGAGUGGAGCUUCAAGAAAUCCUUGCGUGUUUUUUAAAGGUGGGAAAUGCCCUCGCUCCAGAAGUACAGGUUUAUUCGCCAGUGCGCCGCAGAGGACGUGCGGCUUUGAAGACAGCGGAGUGGGCAAAGCGCUCGCUAGCCGUCGGCCAUUUAGAUAAAACUGGGUUCGUGGACAGAAGAAAGCAGACAACAGGAUCUGGACACGUUUACACAGACCUAUGAGACUGUUCUCAGGUGAGAGAUGGAUGUGAGAGAGGUGUAUGUGGUGGCCGGCAGCUUCGUGGGGUUUCAGCUGUUCUUCAAGUGCGUCAGUCCAGUUCUGUCUUCCAACUUCACGCAGGGUUAUGGGAAACUUCCUCCAAACAAACUCAACGACUGGAACUCCAGGCUUGUGUCCACAGUCCAUGCAUUAAUUGUGGGGCUGUUCUGCCUCUAUAUCCUCUGGUACGACGACGCCGUCAAUGAAGACCCCAUCUGUUUUAUGUUUUUUAUUUUUUUCCAGACACGUGGAGUGCUUCCUUAUUUUGCAAACUUCCGACUGAUUUCAGAAUUGUCAACGCCAUUUGUGAAUCAAAGGUGGUUUUUCGAAGCGUUAGCUUACCCUCGUACUCACCCGCUGGUUGUCACCAACGGCGUUGCCAUGGCAGUCGUGUUCUUCCUCGUGCGGAUCGCUGUGAUGCCUCCCUACUGGGCAAAAGUGUUUGGCACCUUCGGUACGCCAGCGUUCGAAAGGCUUGGUCUGGCAGCUCAGGUGGCCUGGAUCGUAUCCUGCGUUUGCUUGGAUAUCCUAAACACAAUCUGGAUGUACAAAAUCGCCCGCGGCUGCUACAAGGUCAUUACCGGCAAGCUAAGAGGAGGCAAAGUGGACUCCAAAAAGACCAAUUACAUGAACAACCACACAGACUGAGAAUCAUCCGCGAUCAUGACAGAUUAGAUUAGACGUAUUCUCUUCCCAGAAUAUAGCAACUUCUGAGUCUUUUUAUUGCGCUCUAGAUGGAUGUGCUCUCGAAACAGAGGUUGAGAGGAGAGAGUUUCAUCAUCCCAGUGUGGUUUUAACCUCUACUUCAUGUACAGACACUCGGACUUGACCUACACCGGUGAAAGUCAAGCCGAUAAAUUAACCUGCUAUGCCUCAAACACAACCAAAGUGCCUCCAAGCACAAGGAGAAGCAAUAGAACAUGAACAUGUGAGCUUGUGACCACGAAAAGUCCAUCAGAUCUCCAUCAAAGCCUUAGCCAGUCAGUACCCAUGCAUGUUUUUCUCUAAACCAAUCGUGGUUGCUUUGGGAGCCGUGUUUCCUGUGAUAUUUACACUGAUGUGCCUCAGUGAACGACAUCCUAAACUUGUUGCACAUUUGGUCGGAAGUGCUCAUCAACUUCACACAAUCUUACGUCAUUGUCAAGUCUCCGGGAAACCUCAGAUCUACCUCUCACACUGUGUCAAGCACAAGAACGAACACCGUUUGGACUUGAGGAACAUCUUGAAAAGUCCACAAGAAUCAAACACUCACAGCCUUUGCUUUUAUAGCGCAGACUUCUAGAACUCAUCUUGUGUUGCACAUCAAAGAGUGAAAGGUGGUUUCCUUUAGCAAAUGCCUGUGUGCAUGCUUCAAUUCUGACCAUGUGUGGUCACAUUUUUUUGCAUUAGAUUGGAGGAAACUGCAGUGCUUUAUCCAUUUCUCAGGGUUCUAGCCUUUUCUAGAGCCCUCCAUUUUCUCCAACAUGCUUAAGGUGCAUCACAUGCACAGGUUUUAAACCGUUUUGUUCUCACCAAGCAGAUUAUUUAAACAUUCAACGCCUCAAGGCUUGAUGGGAACUGGUGCAAAUUCACAUCUCGGUCCUGUUUUUUUUCUUGGUUCUGUCAUUUUCUUCCUGCCAAAUUCUUUUUUUUUUUUUUUUUUUU